UGCUGCAGCAACUAUUCUCUAUGUUCUUUUAUUGAUACUGUCUUUCGUGGGAUCUAUACUGGGUUGCGCCGGGGCUUGCUGUGGAAAUCGGGUAUGUUGAUUGAAUAAAUGUAUUGUUAUGUAUUGAAUAAUAAAUAAGCAAGGCUGUUUAGGUUUAAGGCCUACCCUUCUGGUAUAUUAUUAAUGUAAAUCUUUAAGAAAUCUUUACAGUUUGUAACUGGGGAGUGCCUCGCAUGGGACUUUGAGUGCCGUUCGCACUCUACCGCUUGGACAUGGUCCAAUAAAUUGAUUUAAAUAAAUAAAUAUAGCUAUAGAAAAGAGUUUUCUUCAUGUUGGUGGUGGUGAGGAUGAUGGUGAUCAUGAUGAUGUUGAUGACGAUCAUGGUGAUAUGAUGGUGAGGCUGAUGAUAUAAUUAUGGCAGCGAUAUGAUGAUGAUGAUGAUGGUGAUAUCACAUGAUGAUGGUGAUGAUAAUGAUGCUAAUAAUGGUGAUAAUGAUUAUGGUGAUGUAUUGAUGAUCAUAUGAUGAUGAUGUUGUUGAUGAUGAUAAUGAUCAUAACGCUGCUGAUAUGAUGAUGGUGAUUGUGGUAGUGAUGGUGGUAAUGAUUAUGAUGACAAGGAUGAUGGUGAUUACAGAGGUGGAUUUAUAGAAGGGUGCACAGGGGUGCGCACCCCUGUUGGCCUUGGCUCUUGGCCUGUUGGCCCUGUUCGCUUGGCUAGGGAGCUCGCGCUUUCGGCGCUCGAUUUGUUCGGAAGCCAAUUCAUUUGAAUGCUCUCCCACCACCCGCUAAAGAAUUAUAAAGAAGCUCACCCAGCACCCCCCUAGAAAAACCUUGCUGGAUCCACCCCUGGGUGAUUAUGAUGGUGACCAGAGGAUGGUUACGAUUAUCAUUUUAUUAAUUUAAACCACUUAAGUUUAUUACAUUGAUUAUUAUGAUAUAAUGCAGUUGAUGGUGAAAAGUAUUAUUAAUGAGACUGACGACAUAGGCGUACCGGGCGGGGGGGGGCGGUAGCCCCCCCCCCCCCGUUUUUUUGGGCAGUCGGGCAAUAUUCGAUCAACAGUCGGGCAAUUUUGGCUUGCAAUAAAAAAAAUGGGACAAAUUCUGUCAAUUUUGUCUAAAAUUAAGUCAAUUUUUUUGCAAAUUUUGCGAUUUUUCGAAAAUUUGUGUUAUGUUCCGAAAAAAAUUGGUUGUCCGGAAAAUUUUUUUGACCCCUAAAAUGGUACACUGACCGAAAUUUUUUUGGCGACGGGGGGGGGGGAGUUCGCCAAAAUAAUUUUUCCGGAAAAAUUUUUUUGGUACUAGUCGGGCAGAAUCCCGAAAAGUCGGGCAAUUUUCUUUCCGCCCCCCUAAUUUUUUCCUUCCGGUACGCCCAUGACUGACGAUGAUAAUUAUUGCUUGUGAUGGUGUUGAUCAUUACUUCAGACAGAUUACUCCUAUCUUGAUAUUCUCCAGAAAGUAUUAAAAAAUGCAAAUAUUUUGCUGCAGGGACAUCGUCACCAACGCGGAAUGGCAUAUCCACCUUACGUUAUACCUUAUGGAUACCCAAAUACAAUGAUGAUGACCAGAGUCGAAGAAAGGCGCACCUUUGA